GCAAAUCCCCCAAAGAAAAGGAACCCGCAUCGACGAAUUAAUAAGCACGGCUCCGUUGCUUCACGAACUCUCCUCUUUCUUUUUCCUCCACCUCUAUCGCUCCUCCUUCCCCCGGACUCCACCUCAACCCCCUCUCCGUCGCGUCGCCGCGGAGCCCUAGGACGGCGCCGCCGCGCUACCGCCAUGGCGCAGCCGUCGCAGGAGGCGAUCGAAACUUUCAUCAGCAUCACCGGCGCCGACGAGGCCGUCGCUGCCCGCAAGCUCGAGGAGCAUAGCGGUGACCUAAAUGAAGCGGUUAAUGCAUACUUCAAUGAAGGAGAUAGAUCCACCACCAGAAUCAAUCAGAAUCCUAUACCUGACAGUCAUGAUGAUAUUAUGGAUCUGGACGAACCAUUUGAUCCUAUGUUUACCCGAUCUAUGGGCAACCCUUUUGGUAUUUUGGACCCAAGUUUUGUUGAGAGAGCCGCUGCUGGUUUCUUUGGUCAGGGACCUCAGGUUACACAUCCCAGGGAUGUGCGGCAGAUACCUAUUGAAGUUAAAGACACUGAUAAUCCUCAAAUUGGAAGUUCUGGUCAGGGUCCUGUUAUUGAAGAUGUUACUGGACGUGAGUCUUUAUAUGGUCUGGAGGUUCAUGGGACUGUUGUCAUUGAUGAGGAUGAUGAUGACUUGCCAUCUACCCAUGCUCCUGUUAUCCCAAGAAAUACUCCAAGCACAUACAAUUCUGCACCAAGUGCUCCUCCAUUGGUGGAUGUUAGUGACUAUAACAAUGACAUAGAAGAGGAGAUGAUCCGUGCAGCAAUUGAAGCGUCAAAAAGGGAUGCGGAAGGACUUACAAAUGUAGCAGAGCGAGAGAGAGUUCUACUUCAAGAGGGAAUGCAUGCAGUUGAUAAUUCUUCUGAUUUAUCUGAUAAGGAGGACAUUGAAGGAGCAAGUGAGGCAGUUGAAAGGCAAGUACUAACCACAGGGCAAGCUGGAACUUCUAGGCAAUUGGUUGAUGAAGAGAACUUCCAAGACGAUAUUGAAGAUGUUGACGAAGAACCUUUAGUUAGACAACGUUCCAGGCGUGUUCUAUCUGGAACUGCCGGGCCAACAGAAGCAGUGCAAAGGGCUGAGAGUCCUCCCUCAGGCCCUCAGCCUCAUGGUACUGAAAAUGCUCACCAGCAUAAUGGAGCUUUCCCCUCAGAGUGGGGAGGCAUUUCUUCUGAAGAGCACGAUGAAGCUGUUAUGCUUGAGGCUGCUAUGUUUGGUGGGAUUCCUGAACACACAGAAUAUCCAUUUCCCCUCCCAUCUCAUGGAAUCUCAACUGGUUAUCCCCGAGUAGCACAUCCUCCAUCACCAACAUUAACUGCACAGAGGUUGUUAAGGGAGCAGCAGGAUGAUGAGUAUCUUGCAGCCCUCCAAGCUGAUAGAGAAAAAGAGUUGAAGGCUGUGGAGGAUGCUGAGCUCCGUAGAUUAGAAGAAGUUGCUGCAAGAGAAGCUGCUAUUGAAAUGGAAAAGCAAAAGAACGAGGAAAAGCUGAGAAAACAACUUGAGGAAGAGGAGUUGGAGUCCAUGCUUGCAGCCAAGCGAGCUUCAUUACCAAAGGAGCCACUGCCAAAUUCUGAAGGAGCCGUCACAGUUGUAGUUCGCAUGCCUGAUGGCAGUCGCCAGGGAAGGCGCUUUUUGAAAUCUGAUCAGCUCCAGGUAGGCUGCUUUCAGUUGCCAGUUCCAUAUGGAACAUUCAUUAUAAAUUAUACCUGCUUCCAACUUUCUGGGAUUUUACUGCAGGUUCUUUUUGAUUUCAUUGACAUCAGCAAGUCAUUCAAGCCAGGAACCUAUAGACUGGUGAGGUCUUACCCCAGGCGUGCAUUCACCGACGAGGAGUGUCAGAUGUCGUUGAGUGAUGUGGGCCUCAGCAGCAAACAGGAGGCCUUGUUUCUAGAACAAAUUUCAGGAUAGUGUGAAGGAUUUAGUAAUGGACGGCAUUCAACUGGGGAUUCAUACUUUUUACUUCUAUCUGUCAUAUGUUGAUGGAAAGUUAGCAAGGUUUAUCGUGAACCUCCGCGUCGAGAAAUGUCGCAUUAUCCUCUUUUGUUUUAUGAUCCGGUGAUAGCAAGUUCCAUUAUGUACUUGGUGUUGCAAAUCCCACUUUAGGCAUGCAGUCAGGAUGUAUAUACAGCGCUCUUUUGUGAUCUAAGCUAAUGGAUUGCAUGGUAUGUCUUUCGA